CGUCGUCGUCGUCGUCGUCGCCGUCGUCGUCGUCGCCGUCGUCGCCGUCGUCGUCGCCGUCGUCGUCGUCGUCGCCGUCGUCGUCGUCGUCGUCGUCGUCGUCGUCGUCGUCGGCGGAGGACGUCGCGAGACGCCCGACGUCAUCAUCGAGACCACGGAUUCCAUCAAUUACCCUGGAUUACUCGCGACACGACGCUUGCUGGCCAUCAGUUACGAUGACUACGGUGCGCACCAUACCCUCGGACAAAAUAAAUCUACGCCUCAUCCUCGUCAGUGGCAAGACAAAAGAGUUCCUAUUCAGUCCAAGCGAUUCUGCGGGCGAUAUAGCGCACCAUGUGUUUGAAAAUUGGCCGGAAGACUGGGCAGAGGAAGCGGUUGCCAAGGCGGAGAUUCUGCGGCUAAUUUACCAGGGCCGUUUCCUACACAGCAAUGUCACACUCGGCGCGCUUGGGCUUCCCUUCGGAAAAACCACGGUGAUGCAUCUGGUGCCGCGGGAGAAUCUUCCGGAGCCUAAUUCUCAAGAUCAGAGACAAAAGAGUAAAGGCGGCGGAAGUAGUUGCUGUUCGGCUUCUUGCUGCAUACUUUAAGUGUCCCAGUGAUUGUCACCGUUGGAUCCGCGCUGCAUAGGCUCAGUCACAGCGCUGAGCUAUGGUUUCUAAGAUUUCGUGUUGAUGUACAACCGUUAGUGGCUGAGCUCCGUGAGCAAUAUAGCAUUCGAAAAAAACACCGGAUGAAAAUCUCUCUCCACGCGUCAUCUACGCCGACGACAAAUAUCGAGGAGAACAAUGCGCCUUGCAACGAUGCAUUCCCCAGUGAAUAAAUCCUCCACGUCGUUUGGCCGAUCGCUUAUUUCGGUUCAUUUGGUGGACGGUAAUGCGUGCAACUCAAUUGAUACGUACUCGCGAGGGAAAUCCACUCGAGAAGAAGAGCGGACGAGCGGCGCGUUCCGUUACGACAGGUCGAAUCGUCGUUGACUUGACGAUUAACUGCUUGUCGAGAAAGAUAUUCGAAUUAUGCCGAUAGCGAUGGUAUUGACUAACUUGGACCUUAUUUUGGACGCUAGGUGGCUCCUGUUGUGAUACACAAAUGAACAUAAAAAGGAUUUGAUCAGUCGUAAAUUUUAUUAACAGCUUAAAUUGAGGAUCAAUCAGUUAUUUUCCUCUAUCGCUUUCUAACUUUGAUGACCGCUGCGACGUUGCGAUAUCGAAAGAGAAGGAAAAAGAAAGAAGAAAUAUGAAAUUGUUUGUAAAAUUAGUUUAUAACUAAUUGACCUAUAUAUAACUGAAUUUCAGUUAACGAGAGUUAACUAAAUAAUUUUAUUAAUUGCUCCGAUUUAUUUCACAUGAUAUUUCUUCUUUUUCACAACAUUUACAUUGUUAGGAUGUAAAUGAAGUAAUCGUAAAUAUAGAUAGUGAUCUUAAUUGAAUUUUGCUUAAGGAUUUCUUAUCCUUUCUCUAGAUUAUAUAACUAUAACUAUGAUGUCGAUAAAGAAGGAAAACGAUCGUAAAUUUAGUUGACGGUCUUGACUAAAUUUUGAUCGGCGAUGCCUCAUUUUUUUCUAUAUUACGGCCGUAGUUGUAAUACCGCGAAAGGGAGAGACAUUAUCCGUAAAUUACUUAACACUCAGUUAACGUUGAUUAACUUUGGUUAAUGUCUUCAGUUAAUUUAAGUUUCGAUUGCUCGCCCUCGACUUGAUCUAAAUCAAUUUAACUCAGUUUUGCGUCUAUCUUACGAAGCAAUUGUAGAGUUGGAAGAUUCUAAACUUAAACGUCAGAUAACUUUAAUUAACAUUCGGUUAACCGUGAUUAAGCACGAUUGUCGGUGUUUGUGUAACUGACCUCGAAUGUCUAGGAGGGCGAUGCAAAACAAUUAUGCAUUCGCCACAGAUGUUUGUAAUCUCAUUUUGUUCAUCCCGUAUAUAAAGAACUCGUAUAUGUACGGUAAGACGAAUAGAAUUUCCAGGGAAAGAGAGAAACUGGGUAGCGAAAGACUACGUUCCGUUCUAAGAGUACAUCUGAGACGCGCCUUGGAAUGGCGCUAUAAUGCUUAGAAACUCAACCACUAUCACAGUACCGCAGCAUUACGAUAAUUAUGUAGACGGGAUUGUGUGCAUGCUUGCAUAAAUUGAAUGUAUUGCAUUCGAGUAAGAAAGAGAAAAAAGAAGCGAAUGGGAGCGAGUGAAAGGAAGAAAGAGAGCGCGCGAGAGAAUCGAAGAGAAUAAAAAUUUAUGUUGUGAUAUGCAGGUAGCGAUUAUAUAUGUUAUGUAUAAAUAUAUAAAUAUGUGUGUGUGUGUGUGUGUGUGUGUGUUUUGCGCGCGCGCGCACGCGUGUAUACACAGGGCGUUCCUAGUCAGUCGUGCAUUCGGUCGAUAAUACUUAACGCAUUGAUAGUUAAAAAGAAUUGCACGUGAAAAAAUUUUACAGUGGCAACAAUGAGCUCUUUGAGCAGGAGACUGACUUGUAAAAAUGCAGACGUCACUUUACUGUACAUUUUAUUCAACAUGACGUUAAUAGACACGUUAAGAUUGAUGAAAAAUUUGAGGUAUUUGCUGGAAUUGGGAUAUAUUUCUUUUUACUGAACAUUAUGAGCGCACGCUUCGCGCGCACUAUUUAGCUUAUUUUUUACUUUUUCAAAAUAAAUUACAAUGAUUACAAAUUAUUUACUAACUCCGCGAUGACAAUCGCUUACGAAGUUAGUGCAGUGAAAGAAUUGCAAAAAAGCGUCAACAAUAAAAUUUUAAGAUUUUCAAGAAAACUUUGAGAGAUGCGAGUAUCAUUUAACACAUCUUUUUUUUAGAAAGUGAUAUUGACUAUUUAUGUAUUUAUCAUCGAACAAGAGCGUGACUGACAAGAGACUUCCUGUAUAUAUAGAAUGUUGAGAUAGAAGAAUGCGAAAAUUUGUGGGGGUAUGUUCCUUGCAAGUUUAGCAAUUUUUUUUAUAAAAAAUUUGAUACCAUCAUGCAUGGCAUGUCUUUAAACUUUGAUUAUCUCAAUUAUCGAGUAACAAAUCAAACUUUAUUUUAAUGUAAAUUCUAUUAAAAUUAAAUAAAUAAGUAUGAUAAAUUAUAAAUUGGAGUAAUAAUGUAUUGUUAAUUUUAAGUGAAAGUAAAUUGAGAUAAAUUUUUAAAAGCUAUUUAUGCUACACUGAGGAAAAAAAUUGUUCACUUAAUUGAAUACUAUCAGUUCUAGUAUUUUAUUUAUUUUAAUUACAUAAAUCCUGACGUUCAAUUAUUUAUAAAUAUUUGAAUUGAAGUUUAAGCAUUUUAUGUAUUUACGAGUAAGAGUUAAAUGGAUAAAUAAUAUACAUAUAUGUUUAAUAUACACGAUAAACAUAUAUUAGAAUAUAUAUAUAUAUAUAUAUAUAUAUAUAUAUAUAUAUAUAUAUAUUUGAACUGAAGAAAUUUUAUUAAGUUAACAUUGUAAACAACUUUAUUUCUCGAUGUACAUUCAAUCUACUCUCAAACAAAUCUUUAUUAUUUCCUUGUUUAAUUUUUUUGUUUGUUUGUAUUAUGCUAAAGAGCUUCAUCUAGCGUUCAAAGUUCGUUAAAAAUGAAUAAAAGAAAUCUUAAUACUAUAACGUAACUAUGACUUGAGCACAAUUGUUUCCGAAUUGGAUGAGAAAAGUACGUUUGCGUACUACAUAUUCGUAUUUCUUCUCUCUCGACAAGCUGUACAUACGUACUAUUAUCGAAACCGCGAGUGCACGUCGGCACGUACAUUCCGCAACGUUUUGGCACGUGCGUUGGCGACGUACACGCGCGAUAGUAUGAGGCACGUUGACGCGCAGUUAAGCUCUCAUACGCAUAGAUGACUUUAUUAUCAUGAAUUUAAAUUGAAGUAAUAUUAUAUGACGCCACUUUGAGAGUUUAGUAUAUUCCGGAGUAUAAGAUUAUCAGAGAAGAGAGAAAGAGAAAGAGGGAGAGGACAUUGGAUCUCUAAUGAGUAGUUAUAUGAUUAAAUGAAAACUCAGAUAUAUUUCCUGUUAUAUAUAUAUAAAUAUAUUCCCUUUUUUUCCCUACUCCUCUCUCCCAAGUCGAAUUCCCUCUAUUAUUCUACCUUCUCUUGCCCAAAACCCUCCCCUCAUCCCUUCGUGUUACCCGUCCACGCGAAUUUGUCGGGCCUAGAACGUCGCUCUCGUUAGACCCAAGAAUAAUAAUUCCACGCUAUGAAUUUACAUGCCCAUUUCGAAUAUCAAUCGUAGUUAGAUCUAAUCAAACUGUUACGACGAAUACGUUGCGAUUCUGUAUACACAGAUACACUGAAAAAAAUUAUUAAUUUGACUAUAACUUGACUUGAUUAAAUUUCUUAGUUCAAGUUUUUGUAUAUUUAACAAAUGCAUAAAAUCAGUGUCUUUGAUUCGAUAUUCUCUAUGUAUAAGAAAUAGUUUCAAUAUGUCACUAAUCAAGGAAUAGCGUUAGUAAUUUUCAAAUGGUACAACUAUCAAAUAAUUGAAAUUACUCUUUGCAGAGUAAAUUGUUUAAUACAAAGAAAAUUACUAACGUCGUCUAUGAAUAGUGAUAAACAGCAACAACUUGAAUACACUUUUUUUAUUUAGUAGAGAGCUGUAUAAUAUAUUUAAACUUCAUUCAAGUAUUUAUAUAUUUAAUUCACACACAUAAAAAAUACUUUAGUUUAAGUAUUUAUAUAUUUAAAAUUAAACCUAUUUUAUAAUAAUUUAUAAAUACUUGAACUAAAAAAAUUUAACCAAAUUGGAAAAUUGGUUAAAUUAAUAACUGUUUUUUCUCAGAGCACCGACACACACAUACACACACACACACACACACACACACACACACACACACACACACACAUCACGUGCAUGCACUCGCACGUAACUCUCUAAGACGCUAUCUUAUAUUAAUCGUACUAUAACUCUUACGAAAUGCAUAACUGUGUAUAUAUAUAUAACGCAAUGUUCUUACCGUAGUUAAAUUUGCGAGAACGAAGAAGCCAGAAAUUUGUGCGAUCAAAGCGCAAAUUAUAUAUUUAAUUUAUUUCUUAUACACACACAUACACUUACACACACAUAACACAUACAUGCGCAUAUACACACUCGCGAAGCGAAGCGCAAGGUUGCCACGUUUGUAUAUUUCGAAAUCGUUAUUACUACUUGCCUGACUCAUAAACCUGUGCCAUACCGGAAUUCUUUUAUCUCGCUCUUCCUUAUUUUUUCAUAUUGCUAUCCCUUUUCUCUCGAUCCUUCCCUGCUGCGAUUGGGUUUUAACGCGCAAAAUAUUUUGUUGUACUUUUAGAAGAUUGGUACAUGUAUUAGAAUUAGCAAAAACGUUUCAUCAAUUAAAACAUUGAUACUAAGUUCAAUGUGACUAAACCUCAUUUAAAAGAUUCCCCAGUCUUUUCACAUAAUAUAGAAAUUUGAUCAAAUUUUGAGACUAAGUUUAUAAUUAAUAUAUAAGCAUUCCUGAAUUUUUUAAAAAAUUUUUUACUGUAUUUUAUUUUAAAUCACUUUUAAAAAUAGUUUAGUUAUAUGGGAAAAAAAGUUAUAAGUAAUUUAAUCAGAAACAUAAUAUAAGAAUUUUGAAAAAUUGUGUUAAAUUGAAAAGAAUGAAGUUUUACUGUAAAUAAUUUUUGUGUAAGAGUAUCAAAAGUUUUUAUCCAAAUUUUGCCAAGUGAUUUAUACAAUUAUACAUUUCUUAAAUAUGAUCACAUUAAUGAAAAUGUAAUAAUUUAGUUUGUUGUUACAUUAAAACCAUAAUCAGAAACAAUCCUUUUUCAAUUUCUUUCAAAUCAAUAUUUUUAAAUAACAAAUAACAAUUUUUAAAUAAUAAAUUAGUGUUACAUUGCUUAAAUUUUGUUUAUUAUUUAUUAUUUAUUAUCUUGAAGAUGCCAAAAGCUUUUUUGUUAAAAGAUAUAUAUGAAUAAAAUGUUACAUGAUUUUCCUCUACUUUUUUAAUUUGGAGAACUUUCUUAAGCUAUGCACUUUAAUAAUUAAUUCUAUCAAAGUACAGAAAUGAUUCUAAUUAUGUCAAAUUAAAAUUAAAUUGAAUUUAGAACGUAUUCAAGUUUAUGUAAGAUAAGAUUAAGAUAACUUUAUAUCAUAUUAUGCCAUCGUAACACAUAAUUGCGUUAAAUUUCUUGGUGAAUUUUUUUAGUUUUGUCAUCACGAUAUAUCAUAUAAUAUCGUUGUUUUUGCGUUCUAUUUUAAGACAAACAAAAGCUUCUGAGUACACGCGUUCGCGGCAGGAUAAUGUUAUCUCCCUCCAUCUAUUCCUAUCGCUUAUCUAAACGAUCUGUACGGUAAAAGUCUAACGAAUACAUUGUAUAUACUGUGGGUUUAUGAGAAUGGCUUGCACAAUGCACUCAUUACAACUUACUCAUUGUUCUUAUGUUCGUUCCACGCGGUAUUCAUUGAUUUUUUUUUUAAAUUAUAUAUAUAUAUAUAUAUAUAUAUAUAUAUAUACAUAUAUAUAUAAAGCGUUACCUUUAAUAAGCGAACACCUUGACACAUCAUUACUUUCUGUCUAUGCCCCGCCUCUUAUAAUUCGUAUUUUUUAUUGUAAGAUCAUAAGAUGUAGAUUAUCUAUAAAAUGCUGUUUAUAUAGGGAAACAAAUUGUUUAGUUCGUAAGAUUUUAAGAUUUGCGAAACAGAGAGGAAGAGAGUGUGAAAGUAAGAGAAAAAGUGAAAGUGAGAACGCGAGAGAGAUAGAGAGAAAGCUAUACAUCACCCGGUAUGUUGUGAGCUUGCGGAAGGGAUGCGUGGAGAAUGAAGAAGACUCUAUUAGUCCUAUCGUGAAUGUACUAUUAAAAACAAAAAGAUGUAAUGAAGAGUUAAAAAGUAUUCUUAAAGAUCAA